AUGUCGAGAGAGCAACCACGACUUUUACUACGUGCUUCUCAGUCGCGACACCGCAAGGGACUCCCCAAGGCUCGCACUGGAUGCAUGACAUGCAGAAUCCGCAAGAUAAAAUGUGACGAGGCGAGGCCAGGCUGCCAACGUUGUAUUGGCACUGGUCGAAAAUGUGACGGCUAUGGAGAUACAGACAGUCUGACCCAACAGACACUAAUCAUUCGAGAACGUCCACCAAUCACGCGUGCUCUCAAUGAUGAUCUUGGCAUUGAACUGAGCAUUCAUGCUUUUGACUACUACCGAGGUCAUGUCUCUCUUCAAGUUGGUGACACAGUGGAUAGCGACUUCUGGGGUGAUCUAGUGUUACGACUUGCACCUACUGAUCCUGCGAUACGGCAUGCCAUUUCGGCAAUCAGCUUGAUGUAUGCUGAAAAGACAAAGGAUACGAGAGACAUCUGUCCAAACUACAGACCCGCCAUCGUCGAGUACAACAAAGCCAUCCUUGCCGUUCGGUCGUGGCCCUUAGCGACAGAGUCAAGAGUCAAACCUCUACUUGUAUGUCUACUGUUUGUCUGUAUUGAGUUCAUGCUUGGGCAUGAGCACCAAAACGCAGCCAAGAUGCACAUCCUCCAAGGACGAAGGCUCCUUGCAAAUAUCAAGGACCGCAAAACACCAGAAACCGACAUAAUUCGGCAAUAUUUGGCUCCGAUAUACUUACGACUCGCGUAUGUUGGUAAUGACAGAGUUGACUUCCCACGGCAUCUUCUUCAUAUGACGACGACACCACUCAAGUUCGCUUCUCUGGCUGACGCACGUUGCGUCUUGUACUACCUCGUUGAUAUCGGAUUUACCCUCAUCUACGACGUCAAGUCGUACCGUUCCAAGGGCGUCAAAGAAGAGAACUCGGAUACUACGUCAAUAGUUGACGGAGAUGCGUUGCAGGCAAGGCACAAAGAUAUCAUCCGUGAACUGGCGAAUUGGCGUCACGCAUUUGAAGCAUGCCUUGCUUUCAGCGAUCUCGACAGGCAAGAUAUGAGAACCGCAAAGCUCCUCACAAUGCGGCAUUGUCUCAUGAUAGUGUUCCUCGACUCCAUGGUCUCAGGGUCAGACUAUGUCUGUGACAGAAACAGUCUUUGCGAAAUGUCCAUUGCUACUGAUUCUGCAGCUUUCGUUGUUAAAUACGACGCUGAUAUCUUGCAGGGACCAUCAUUUACUUUUGAAAGCGAGGUUGUUGGUCCAGUUUACUGGGUAGCUGCUAAGUGCCGGCAGCCUGCUAUUCGCAGAAGAGCACUUGAACUUCUUUACGAGCGAGAAAAGACUAAUCGGGUUGAGAGUCUCACAAUGAUUAAGCAUACUAUUGCAAUGGCUACAAGAGUGAUCGAGAUCGAGGAGGGAGGACUCAAGAUACCAAGGGGCACUAAAGAUUUCAAAGAUUACCAACACAAGUUUGACGUUAUCUCAAGAGAAGAGACUAGCGAGUGGGCUGGAGGAUUUCUUGAAGAUCAGAAAGAACAAUGGCCUGUGCUUUGGGAUCUGGGUAGUCAUUGCUCAGACAUUCCAACGAAGCUGACCAGGUUUACGGCUUCGAGGGAGCAAAAAGAACUUGCUGAAGGAUUGGCUAAAGUUUGGCCUAGAGACCGACUUAUCUGGCCAUAUGGAAUCACUAGAGAGCGGAGAGUGCUGAGUGUCGUCGUGAAGAAGCAUAGUGCUGAUGAUCUAUGGCUAGAGUAUGUUAGGGAGCCCUUGAUGGCUGGUGGAGAGUACCGGGUUAUGAAGGAGCAUAUCCGGUUUUUAUGA